AAAAAAACCAUACAUUUUUCAACAAAACCUAUAAAUACUUUUUAACAGAUAAAUUUAACUUUUGUUUUCGUUUAACAGUUACAACUCUAGGUUGUACUAAGUCAGUAAGCGCAUUUUUCGUGUUAGUAUAUUAAGAAUCUAAGAUGAGAUUCGCACUUAUUACGUUGGCAGCGUGCGCAAUAACGCAAUUAGCACAACCGGCAGUUGGACAAGGAACUAGAACAGCAGUAUCAACAAAACCUGGAAGAUUUUUAUCAUUACCAGUCCCAGCAAAAUGUUCUUCAAGGCCGAAAGAAUUUAGUUAUCGUGGUAGAAAUUUUUUCUUAAGUUCACACGUACCAGAAUUAGCAAAUAAAAAAUUUGAUUGGUUAGAUGGAAGAAAUAUUUGUCGUGAAUAUUGUAUGGAUUUAGUAUCAUUAGAGACACAAGAAAAGAACAAUUUAAUAUUCCGAGUUAUUCAACAAAAUGAUGUACCAUAUAUAUGGACAUCUGGUCGUAUAUGCGAUUUUGCUGGCUGUGAAAAUCGUCCAGAUUUAGAACCUAAAAAUAUCUUUGGUUGGUUCUGGUCAGCAACACGUGAAAAGAUUCAAGCCACAAAUCGUAUACCACAAAAUUGGGGAUAUAAUCCAUGGUCACAGACAGGACAUAAAAAACGGCCACAACCCGAUAAUGCCGAAUAUGAUAUUAAUCAAACAAAAGAACAAUGUCUAUCAGUUUUAAAUAAUGUAUAUAAUGAUGGUAUUCAAUGGCAUGAUGUUGCAUGUUAUCAUGAAAAACCGGUUAUUUGCGAAGAUUCCGAUGAAUUAUUACGUUAUGUUGCAGCUACAAAUCCAGGAAUUCGUCUAUAAGAUCUUUUAAUUAAAAUACAUAUAUGUAUAUGUGUAAAUUCAACGUUUUGUUUUCAUAUUUACUAAAUUUAUUAUUUUCAUAAAUUUUUAUUAUUUUUGUUUAAUUUAAAAUAAAAAAAUUAAAUUCCUCCUUGAUCAUUACUUGAUUUAAUCCAUACAUACCUUUAGGUAUAUAUUUUUUUUUCGUGCGAUUUUAUAAAAUAAAUUUAAACAUAGAAUUUUGAUUUCGUAAUAAAUGAAAGCAACAUGAAAAUUAUUAAAUAAUUAUUUAUAUAUGUAAAUUAUGAUAAUUCUCUGUUUAAGGACUGUUUUUUUUUUGAUUUACAUACUUAAGUUCUGUUUUUUUUACUUGAAAUAAGAACCAGUUUCAAUUUUGUUCAUCAUAAAUUUUAAUUUAUUUUAAUAAAAAAAAGCAAAAAAUAAACUGCCCAGUUCAGUUAUAUUUUAUCUGUCUUGAUAUUUAAUUAUCAUACACUAUAAAAUAUAUCCCAUUUUGAAUAUUUAUUUUUUUUUUGUGAACUUUCGCUUAAAAAAGUUGUGUAAUUAAAUAAAAUUAGAAAAAAAAUCAUUAUAUUAUAAAAAUAAACAACAAAAACA